CCCCUCUGGAUUUAGAUCUGGACCUUUUGCAGGUUUCCCGGCACAUUCCCCGAGCCUGGCAUCGACAGGACCGUUCGUUAGUCGGCGAUAAAAUCCUGACAACAUAUGGAAAUAGCCAGAAAACAGGGGGGCAUCUCUCACCGCCGGCGACACGUGCUCCUCUCCUCUCCCCCUCCUCAUAUGAGUUUUUGAAGAGGGAGGGCAGGGCAGCUUGUGCAUCUCAUCGUCUUCCUCAUCUGGCGUCGCAGGGCACAGCCGUGUGUGAGCCAUGACUCUGAGCUCAGAGAUGUCGGAUGCCUCCAUCCUUUCGGAAGAGACUGACAUAGACGUGGUCGGCGAGGGGGAGGAUGGGGACAGCCAGACACGCUCCUACGUGGACGAGGUGGCGCAGAUGCACGACGGUAUCCUCCUGGCGGGCUCUCCUCCGUGCCUGGACGGCUCCACCUCCUCAAGGGAUACCUACAAGCCGGCGGGCAAGAACACCCUGGUGAAGCCCCCUUACUCCUACAUCGCCUUAAUCACCAUGGCCAUCCUGCAGAGCCCCAAAAAGAGGCUCACUCUCAGCGAGAUCUGCGACUUCAUCAGCAACCGCUUCCCGUACUACCGGGAGAAGUUCCCGGCCUGGCAGAACUCCAUCCGACACAACUUAUCCCUAAAUGACUGCUUCGUGAAGAUACCGAGGGAGCCCGGGAACCCUGGGAAGGGCAACUACUGGACCUUGGACCCAGAGUCGGCUGAUAUGUUUGACAACGGAAGCUUUCUCAGGCGGAGGAAACGCUUCAAGCGGCAGCAGGCGCAGGACCUGCUGCGGGAACACAACAGCUUUCUCCCCGCCGCUGCUGCGUACGGGUACGGACCGUACGGCUGCGGAGGAUACGGCAUCCAGCUCCAGUCCUACCACACACACUCUGCACUUUUUGCUUUUCAGCAGCAGCAGCAACAGCAGCACUCCAGGCAUUCACAUUCACACACGGGAACCAUUAUCCCCGCACCCUCUUUGAUGCCCACCACGGACUUAGCCAGGAGUAGGUUUUAUCCCCAGCUCAGCUCCAUGGGCUCAGCCAGCGUUCAGGCUGCCGCCCCGGUGCAGAAGUCCAGCUCACCAGUGCAGCGAUCUCCCUUCUCCAUAGAGAGUAUCAUCGGUGGGUCAUUGAGCCCCUCCAGGACUUCUCCGGUCAUUGUCCCGGUCUUACCGUCCUCUUUGGGACCUCCAGCGGCCAGCCAGCCGCAGACCGUCCAUCCCGGAGCUGUUUUACACCCGGUUGAAAACUUUCCGAACAGAGUUGUCAGCGGCUCUAGUGGCUGUUAAAUGUCUUAACAAACUUUUCAAGAAACUAAAAAAAAAAGACACAACAAAACAAAAAACGACCCUCUUUGAAGGUAGGAUUAUUUUUGUAUGUUUAUUUGAUAGCACGCAGCUGAAUGAUGGACAUAAGCAACACUAUUUGUGCCUAUAUUCAUGCUGUUUAAAAUAUAUAUUUAUGUUAUUUUUUUUCGGUGUGAAUCAGACUUUUGGCCACGAACUUUCCAUGUCUUUUCUAUCAAGUAAUUCGUUUCAGUCACUGUUUAGGACGUCUCAGGAUAACGACUUAAUGGACAGGUUAUAAAUGAUCACAUGUUUAAAAAAAAAAUAGGCUAUUAAUGUAUUUGUGUCAAACACAUCCUUGUUUUUUAUUAGUUUGGCAAAUCAAAACAUUUUUGUGGUUUUGAUUUGAGCUUUGUAUUAAAAAACACAGAGAGAAAAGUCUUACAUUUAUAAUAAUAUGCAGUGUGUGUUUAUUUCAGUAAUAAAACAUUGUACAUUUUUUGGCAAGUAUUGUGUAAUUGAAGUGUGAUAUUUUUACACAGUUUGUUUUUUCAACAAGAAUAAAUUUCGUUUUGCAAAAAAAGGUAAUUUGUAUUGGAAAUAAAUGUAUGAAAUUACGUUGAGCUUCCUGGGCCUAUACUGCUGCCCCGGGGUUUAUGCUAGGAGGAAAUCAGAUAAGUGUUUAUGAUUGUAUCGGUUCUUUACAUUGGGACUGUGCUUGCUAAUCAGCUGAUACAGUAACAACAAUCAAAAUAAGCUUUAGGAUAACAGCUGAAUGGUUUUGAUUGGGGAGGGGGGUUACAAGUGUUUCUGUUUUAGAGAGCGUGUGCACGCCAUGAGCCUAAAACUAUUGAAAUAUAUAGACCUAUUUGGUUUAAAGAUAUACCGUUAAGCUUAUUAAACAGUUUGUUCAGAUGUUACACACUCUCUAAUGUCUGCACUGUACACUUUGGAACAUGCGCACAUGAGGCCUGCGUGUCCAUCUGACCUCUCUCACACUCAUCCUCGUAAUUACGGCGAGCGUACAGGAAGGUGUCAGCGGGGUGAGACAGAGGCUGUAUUUUGCCUGCUUCAGGUCGGUGUAUAUGCCGGAGCUGGCCAGCUCUUGAGAAAACACUCCUCAUCCAAUAUUUAAUUAUCUGCUCUUAUCUGACACCGUUCGCCAGAGAAAAUGAAAUGUUGCACCUAAAGUGUCGCUCCGGUGUGCCACAGGGUCAGCAGGGCACAGGGACCGCGAUGUAGUGGAGGUUAAAACCACCUUCAUCCACUCACCGUUUUUAGUGUUUACUCACCUUUAUUUGGGUCUCUUUUUUUGGCCCCACAUAGGAAAGAGUAUGUAAUUUGGAAUGUGCAAGUAGCCGCUGACACAAAAAGCCAAACAGAAUGCUGUAUUAACAGAGAAGAACAGAUGCAUUUGCAGAUAUUUACACACUGGAGCUGGGGUAAAGGAAGAUUUGCAAGUGGAUUAUGAUUUCAUAUUUUUAAACACUGACAAACAUUAUUCAUUUCAGUCCGAAGCAGGUGCUGAAGCUCAGGGCUGUAACACGUGUUACCGUGAUGUUGCAUGUGUCAGACCUUUCAUGAGUACAGCCCCGCUGCUUCCGUGACUGGAUGUGUGCGCCCGUCGACUGCGUGUGUCUGCCUCCCCUUAUUCAAGCAACGUGUGUGUUUGUGCGCACGCGUGUGUGCGUGUGUUUGUGUGUAAGCCUAGUAGAUAGCCAAAUUGGAUCAGCGCUUAGAGCCAGUUCAGUAGGCCACAGGAGGACAGCUAUUGCGUGAUGAUGUAACACGCAAUGAGAGACAGACAGGCGCGCGCGCACGCAUACGUACACAUACACACACACACACACACACACACACACACAGAGAUAGAGAAGAAGGUCAGUUGUAGCUACUGCAUGGACUAGUUUAUAAAUAGAGUAGGUUAAACAGGGAAAAGGCAAGAAUAAUUCAUGCACAUAGGCCUAUAAUAACAUCUGUAGUCGCGCGGGAUUUUGCUAAUGGCUGUAGAGUCCUAUAUGGGAUUUCCAUUGUGUCUGUGGUCAAUAGUGAAUUAUAAUUCAGUGUAGGCUAUUUUUUAUUUUAUCUAGGCUAUCUAUAUCUAAUUUCUCGGUAUUUCAUGCAGAUGGAUACACCAAAAUUAGGUAGUCUAUUAGCUAUAUUCAAUAGCCUAGUGGAUGCUACAACCCUCUCACAAGUACACCUAAGUUGAUUGAUCGCAUGUGACCUUCUGAAAUAGGCUAGCCCACUUGGUAAUGGGCUAGUGCAGUCUAAGGCCUUGUGUUAUUCUGUAGGAUGUCCUAUGCCCUGUAGCCUACUAGGUCUAUUUUACCUCUGCAUAACUUCUCUGGUAACAUCUUAUUUAUUUAGGCCUAUAUUACUAGUAGUUAGAACGUGUUAAUGCUGAUAUGUAGCCUAUAAGAUUUGUAUCCCGACGUGGGUUUUAAAUAAGUUACAAACUUCAUCGUUUUGGAAGCACUGCCUUCAAACCAACCAUUCAAACGCCAUAUUGAAAACACGUUUCAGAAAGAACGUCUUUUUUUAGGUAGGGCUCUGUGUUAAGAAACAUCCUGGUUAAAUUUGAGUUAAAAAUAAUGCAAUACUAUCUAUCUAUCUAUCUAUCUAUCUAUCUAUCUAUCUAUCUAUCUAUCUAUCUAUCUAUCUAUCUAUCUAUCUAAGCCAAUAUGUGCGCUAGUUUGGUUGAUUAAAGUCAAGAAUCUACACGAUAGAAGGUCAAAAUCUUAUUUCUGGAUGCUGCUGCCUUUGACCCAUGUGAUAACAACCGACCCCCAUCGUUGAACUUAACAGAACCACCUGUCUCAAAAAUGGCCCUGUGAUUUUCUUUUAGAUAGCCUAAAUAUUCGUCCUAUAUUACCAUGACAUUUCAUAAAUAGCCCCUAUACCUAUAUAACAACAACAAUAAUAAUAAUAAUAAUAAUAAUAAUAAUAAUAAUAAUAAUAAAUAUAUGGCUAGCUAAUGUUAUUAUUAUUAUAUAUUUAUUUUAUUAUUAUAGAAUAUAUAUGUAGAAUGCAUAAACAGUUACACAGACUGAUCAAACAAUUGUUUAGAAUAAAGAAUUCAGAAAGCCAUUAAGUUUUUAAAAAGACUGUUUAAGGCAUUUAUUUAGUUGAAUUCACCAAGAAAAAAGAAGACACAUGCAAUUUCUAAACCUUGUUAAAAUGUAACGAUCAAGUGACUCAGCGUUUUAGUUCAUUAAGUGUUGUGACACAGGAAAUAUUAACAACAGCAUAUUAUGUAGGCAGUCCUGCAGUUAAAAAAAAUGGCGCGUUUCAUGAAAUGUCAUGGAUCAUGUGGGCAUCAGCCUUCUUGAGCAUGACUGAAGCUCAGUUAGCAGUUUACCCUGCUGGGUCACAGGUCAUGAGGAAAGGGGAUAAAAUACAACACUCAGCCCAUAAAAGACCCUGGGCUUUGGGUAAAUGUGUUAGGUCAUUCAGGGCUGUCAGAAUAAUCUAUAUUUCAAUAGAAGUUAUAAAGACUUUGGCUACAAACAUAAGGCCAGUAAACAGGUCAUUUGGGCCACGUUUGGACACCUCUGGCCCUACUGAUUAAAUAAGUCUCAUACCUACCUCAUCAGCUUUUGUCAUCAAUUUGUUAAAGCAUCAGAAGUGUGUUGUAAAGACAGAAAAAAUGUAUUUGGAAAUAAAUUUGAUAGUUAAUUUGAACAGUUGGAUCUGGAUUCAAACGUAUCUAUGGAAAAUAGAUUUGUAAAUGUUUCCUGGCCUAGAAGUGUGUUCAGCUAUGAAAUAAAACAGACCAUCAAUGCACAAAUGUUUAAAAAACACUCUUUUUUGUGGCUAUUUGUUAUAUCAAUAUUCAUCAGUCUGUUGUUUUGAUGAGCUAUUAUUUUUGUGUAAAUAGCAUACACACAGCAUGAGCACUUAUAUAUGACCCUGUUCUGCAUGUGGGAUUUUGUUAAUAAUAUUUGUUUUUCCUCCAAUGAGAAAU